AUGACUGUUGAUUUCCAGCCAAUCAACAGGCAUUCAGGGGGAAAGGAAGAGAGGUCGAGAUGUUGGGACGAGGGUGUAUCAACACAGAUCUCUUGUCGGGAGCGAAUUAGCCAAGCCUUCAGGAGGCGUAAGGGAUACUCAAGAGAGGUGCGACGAAAAUCUAAGGGAAAUCCCAGGAAAAUCCAAGGGAAGUCCCAGGAAAAUUUAAGGGAAAUCCCUGGAAAAUCCAAGGGAAAUCCCAGGAAAAUCCAAGGGAAAUCCCAGGAAAAUCCAAGGGAAAUCCCAGGAAAAUCCAAGGGAAAUCCCAGGAAAAUCCAAGGGAAAUCCCAGGAAAAUCCAAGGGAAAUCCCUGGAAAAUCCAAGGGAAAUCCCAGGAAAAUCCAAGGGAAAUCCCAGGAAAAUCCUAGGGAAAUCCCAGGAAAAUCCACGGGAAGUCCCAGGAAAAUCCAAGGGAAAUCCCAGGAAAAUCCAAGGGAAAUCCCAGAAAAAUCCAAGGGAAAUCCCAGGAAAAUCCAAGGGAAAUCCCUGGAAAAUCCAAGGGAAAUCCCAGAAAAAUCCAAGGGAAAUCCCAGGAAAAUCCACGGGAAGUCCCAGGAAAAUCCAAGGGAAAUCCCAGAAAAAUCCAAGGGAAAUCCCAGGAAAAUCCAAGGGAAAUCCCUGGAAAAUCCAAGGGAAAUCCCAGAAAAAUCCAAGGGAAAUCCCAGGAAAAUCCAAGGGAAAUCCCUGGAAAAUCCAAGGGAAAUCCCUGGAAAAUCCCAGGAAAAUCCAAGGGAAAUCUCAGGAAAAUCCCAGGAAAAUCCACGGGAAGUCCCAGGAAAAUCCAAGGGAAAUCCCAGAAAAAUCCAAGGGAAAUCCCAGGAAAAUCUAAGGGAAAUCCCAGGAAAAUCUAAGGGAAAUCCAAGGAAAAUCCAAGGGAAAUCUCAGGAAAAUCCCAGGAAAAUCCACGGGAAAUCCCAGGAAAAUCCAAGGGAAAUCCCAGAAAAAUCCAAGGGAAAUCCCAGGAAAAUCUAA